AGCCCUGGUCCGGGAAGAUCCCACAUGCUGCGGAGCAACUAAGCCCAUGUGUCACAACUACUGAAGCCCGCGCACCUAGAGCCCAUGCUCCGCCACAAGAGAAGCCACUGCAAUGAGAAGCCCGCGCACUGCGGCGAAGAGUAGCCCCCGCAAGCCAGCACACACCGACGAAGACCCAUCGCAGCCAAAAAUAAAUAAGUAAAUUUAUUAUUAUUUUUUAAAUGCCUUCCAUAAUCAAACCUCACCUGGCGAGGUGAGGAGGGUGGAAGCAAAUACAGCCUCCGGGAGAAGGGAGAGAGGGGAGGUCCUUCUCUUGCUCAUGGGGGCAGGGAGCCAAGGGAUGGGAGACUCGCCCCGCCCGGCCUGAAGGGACAUUCUCGGGGCUGUCGGCGGUGCCAGAGCAAAAAGCACACCGUCUCUUUAAUCCUGAAGUUGAGCGGGAUCAUGGUGUUGGAGUUCUGAAAAAUCAAGAGAAGACUCAUGAUCAUCUAUCUCCCUUUUACAGAGGAGGGAACAAAGGCAAGGAGGAGAGGGUUCACAGUUCCAAGUUGGAAGGGGCUUAGCCGAGGUCUGCACUUUCCACCUAAAGGAGGCAGCCUCUUCAAGUGGCCUGAGCAGAGAUUUAAGGAAACUAGCCGAGGCUAACACCUCAUGGCUGUACCACCUUGAGGGGUCACUUCCCAUCUUUGCCCCUCAGUUUCCUCUUCUGUGACAAAGGAACUAGAAUACUUGCCUCGCAUGCUCAGCUGCCAGGAGAGAGAUAAUGGGGUGGGAAGGGGACACUGGAAGGCCCUGAUGAGUCGCUGGUGAGACCAGUCCAGCUCCUGUCUGUCCUUUGAAACAGCCCUGCUUGCUCCUACAAACCCAGGGCCUGAGUGCAGGCUGGACUCCCAGAACCUGCAUUUCAUCCUUGGGCAAAUCCCGGAAUUGACCAGCUAGCCAGCUGUCAGGCCCGAGAGAAAUUACGGUCUUUGUCUUAUCUUCUGAGGGGAGAAACAUUAUAAUAAUAAGAACAGCAGCUAAUGUCAACCAAGCACUUUGUGCCUGUGCGAGGCAUUCUCUCCUGCCUGCUGUCCUCACAGGCUGCUAUAAGGCAGAGUGUUACCCGCUUCCUGGGCCUGAGCCCCCAACACUCACCAAGCUAGGCAGUGGUGGGAUGGCUUCCAGCAGGCCAAAGAGUCGCUGUCCUUGUCGCCCCUGGUUGAAGAACCACAGGGCCUGGGUGACUAUCUCUUCAUAGCUCAGACUGCGCUGGGCCACACAGGCCAUUGCUGCCAAGCCUGCCACCAGCACCAGUGCCCUCCAAGCCCCUGCCAUUGUCCCUUCUUUGAUCCACUGCCACUUGCAGCCCCUUCUAGGUGCUACUUGGGCAGCCUUGCCCAAGGGCUGCUGACGACAUGCAGGGCUGGGGCCUUCCUGAAAGGGGCCUCUCCUUUCCUUCGCUAGGCACCCAGUAUUAGCCAAUGUUCCAAAAUACCCGUGACUAAGAGGCAAGUAUGAUUGGGUUAUAGUCCAGGGCCUAGGAGUGAGGCAGCCCUGAGCUGGGGGCAGGAGACAUGUGUGAUGCUGGGCAAGUCCCUUCACUCUGGCCUCAGUGUCCCUACCUGUGCCACGAGGAGGCCACCUCUGAUAGUCCAGGACUCUGUGCCGUCUCUGCCUGGCUGUUCUGGUUUGAUUCUGAAACAACUGUCUGGGAUCCAUGAACUCUCUAUGUGACAGUUCCUCAGCUGAGAGCACAAGGAGACAGUCCAAUCUGAGGCUGUACUCAAGCUGACACCUACCAUGUUACAUAUGUUUUAAAAUACUGAUUGUCAACCCUUAAAACUCUGGAUGCCUGACUUUGAAAAAAUCAUGAGAUCUGACAAUGCAUGGCUCACAGCCCCUCAUGGAUGUGACGUCAGCAACUUCUCCAGGGAAAGCCUCGCUGUCCACUUCCCCCAGGCCAUUCCCUGCUGGCAAAGCAGGGAGGCUGUCCCCAACAGGAUCAGGGCAGGGAUUCCUGGCUGCUGACAGGGCCAACCCCAGGCAGCAGCUCACAAGAGGAAGAGCAAGGGCCUCCCCUUCCUCUGAGGGCUCCCAUUUUCCUUGACUCCCUCAGUUACUGGGGUCUGCAUGUUAACUUCCCAGCCCUUUCUUGGCUGCGGGGCUCCUGUUCUGCAGGAGACUCAGAAACUGGGAAGGAGGAGAGCAACUACCGGGUGUUUCCACUGAAGUCCACCAGUGGGGAAACCAAGGCACAGAGCAGAUCAUGACUUCCCCCAAAAGCUAAGGGUAGAGCUGAGCAGGUCAGAGCCAGAAGUGAGGAGAGAAGGCAGAGCACAGAACAGUCCUCCGCAGGCCCAACAGGUCUUCAAAGGCCCAAGUCUCAUAAAAUCCAUGCAGCCAUGGCAUAUAAUGGUGAAAACUUAGAAAAAACCUAAACGUGCUUCAAGGGAUUUCCUGGUGGCACAGUGGUUAAGAAUCUGCCUGCCAGUGCAGGGGACACGGGUUUGAGCCCUGGUCUGGGAAGAUUCCACGUGCUGCGGAGCAACUAAGCCUAUGCGCCACAACUACUGAACCUGCGCUCUAGAGCCCACGAGCCACAACUACUGAAGCCCGCACGCCUAGAGCCUGUGCUCCGCAACAAGAGAAGCCACCGCAGUGAGAAGCCUGCGCACCGCAACAGAGUAGCCCCUGCUCUCUGCAACUAGAGAAAGCCCACACGCAGCAACAAAGACCCAACCCAGCAAAAAAUAUAAAUAAAUAAAUGUGCUUCAAGAGCAGAUUAUUAGAGCAGUUGUGAUAUGUCCACCUAUGGAAUACCGCUACUACUUAUUGGAAUACAGGUCCAGUUAUUGGUGGGUGAUUAUGUUCAUCACAGGUUCUUAGCUGAAGAAUGAGGGUUCUGCUGCCUCAGGUCUUGUGUCCAUCACAGGAAGUGUGAAUAAGGAAGGAUGGUGGGUGCUCACUGUAGAAUUCUAUGCAGCAGUUAAGCAGUGGUUCUCCACUGGGGUGACUUUGCCCCUUGACCCCCCCCCCCAGGACAAUUGUCAAUGUCUGGAGACAGUUUUGAUUGUCACAACUGGGGAGAGGGCACAACUGACAUCUAGUGGAUAAAGGCCACUGGAUGCUGAUAAUCACCCUACAAUGCACAGGACAGCCCCAGCAAGGAAGAAUGGUCCAGCCCCAAAUGUCACUAGUGCUGAGGUUGAGAAGUCCUGUGACAGAGCAACCAGAUGGAUCAAUCUUAAACACAUGGUGCUUGGUUACAAAGGAAAGGAACAGAAUGAGAUGUGUAACAACUCUCCCUCCCUCUCUCUCUCUCUCCAUUUAUGUGUAUGGAGAAUACAUCAGAAUACAUCCUUCAAACUGAUAAACAUCUUAUAACACCCACAAGGCACAGGUAAGAAUGAAUGAUGGUUGAGAGGGCAGGAAAUGAGAUUGGGGAAAAAAAAAAAAAAGCAGAGAGAGGGCUUGCACAGACCAAAGAAAACUCACCAAUGCAGCCUGCAGUGUAAGGUUGGAUUCCUUGUACAGAAGAUUGUACACUGAUCAAUAUCCAUAACAGUAUCACUAGCAAGGUGCCUGAAAAGGUGUUCACUAAAAUAUUAAUAAUGAAUAUAAUGAAUAAAUAUCCAUACAGUUUUUCUCUGUAUGGAGCUGGCAAAGGAUUUUGAUUCCUUCUUUCAACUUUUCUUUAUUAUUUGAAAAAAAAUUACAAUAAACAACUUUGUUUUACAAAAACAGCAAAAAUAUUUUGUAAAUACCCACAUGGAAUCUACAUUUUAUUCCACAUCUGCAACUACUUUUUUAAGUUCAAUGGAACUCUUUUUAUUGAGAUAAAAUUCACAUAUCAUAAAAUUUACCCUUUCAAAGUGUACAAUUCGCAACAUUUUCAUCAUCCCAAAAAUAAACCUUGUGCCAAUUAGCAGUCACUCCCCAUUUUCCCCUCCCCUUUGCCCCUGGCAACCAAUAAUCUACUUUCUGUCUUUAUGGGUCUGCUAUUCUGGAUAUUCAUAUAAAUGGAAUCAUACAAUAUGUGGUCUUUGGUGUCUGGCUUUGUUCACUUAGCAUGAUGUUUUCAUUUUCAUCCAUGUUAUGGAUUAAUUCCUUUUUAUGACUGAAUAAGAUUUCAUCAUAUGGAUAUAUCACAUUUGUUUAUCCAUUCAUCAGUUGAUAGACAUUUGGGUUGUUUUCACGUUUUUGCUAUUAUGAAUCAUACCACUAUGACUAUUCACAUACAGGUUUUUAUGUGGACAUAUAUUUUCAGUUACCUUGGGCUUAUACCUAGGAAUGGAAUUUCUGGGUCAUAUGGUAACUCUGUGUUUUAAAUUUUGUGAGGAAUUGCCGAAGUAUUUUCCAAAGAGCCUGUACCAUUUUACAUUCCUACCAGCAAUCUGUGGUAUUCCACAUCUUAAUGAUUUUUAUUGUCUCUUUUUUUUAUUAUAGCCAUCCUAGUGGGUAUGAAGUGAUAUUUCAUUGUGGUUUUGACUUGUAUUUCCCUAAGAGCUAGUGAUGUUGUGCUUAUUGUCCAUUUGUAUAUGUUCUUUGGAGAAAUGUCUAUUCAAGUCCUUUGUACAAUUUUUAAUUGGGCUAUUUGUCCUUAUAUUGUUGAGUUGUACACACUGUUUUAACAUUAAAAUGUUUUAGAUUUCCAUCGGAGGAAAAAAAGCCUCCAGUAAAAUCAAGGCUUUAGAUGUGUAAAGUAGUUUUUCAGGGACUUUGUAGACCCCCACCACAUGGCUCCCCAUCAGUUUGAGAAGCUCAGCUUGUCCCCAGCAUUGAUAGAUGAGGAAAAUGAGGCCUGGAAAAGUUAGGAAGUGUGUCCAAGUUACGCAGCUGAGUCCUGUGUAGAAUGAUGGGAAACUGGGAAGCUUUCCCUGGAGGAGAGGACUGACAAGGAGACCUUGAUUCCCUGCUCUGUCUCCGAAAGGCUGCCACGAACAAGAGGACCAGAUUGUUCUUCCCAGGGGGAGUCAUGUCAACAAGAAAGUUCUCAAAACAAAACAAACGAACAAAACCAAGAAAGGUCUCUUGAUAAUAGCUGGAGUCCAGCAUGGCAGAGGUGGCCUGGGAGUCUAGAAUAUCACUUGGCAGGGAAAUUGUAGGAGACUAAAGGGGCCAUUUGAUGCCUGGCUUCUCCAGCAUCCAUUUGCCCUACCCCUUCUCCCUUCCAAUGAGGCCCCAGUUCCCCUUUGAGGAUCUGCAUGGCUCUGGGAGAGGAAAACUCGACUUGGUCUAAGUCAAGCAAUGCCUUCCAUCUCUCCACCACCACUGGUGAUUGAUUAAGCUGGUCCACUUAGAAUACAUCUCAGAACUUUUGGUGGGAAUACUAGGCACUUUCUUUCCUCCUGGAAGUAAACAAGGAAGCAUGGCUAGAUGUGACAAAGAAAACAUCUUAGGAUGUGAGGUGGGCCCCUUAGGAUGAGAUCAGCACCACAGAAGGCAGAGAGGAAAGAGAGAAAAACAGAUCCUUAUGACAUCACUGAGCUUCUGGGUCACACCUUGCCUGAAGGUGGAGGGCCUCCGGAUGCUACUAUUUAAGCUAGUUUGAAUGGGCUUUUCUGUUACUUGCAACAUGAUGUCGCAACAAAUGUAGGGUUCAGGCAUCCAAUAGAGAGGUGUGGGGACAGACUAUGUAGCCUUUAUAAUCUCAUCAAACCAUAAGACUCUAUGACAUGUCCAAAGGUUUGAGGUUGGAUGGCAGUAAUCAGGCCCGGGAACUUGGGUUGGGGGCUCUGGUGGGAUUUUUUUUUUUUUUUUUUUUGACCAGUGGACCUUACAGAGUAUGAGUUCCAAAGGUCAAACUCUGUUAUAGCCACAUAAAAAUCCUUCAAUAACUUGUGCUUGAUAAUUGACCCAGAGCAUCUUCAGAAUACAGCUCUGUGAGCCCUGCCUCAGAUUCAGGGCUCCACAGACCUGGGUUCAAAUCCCACCGCUGCCACUUCCCCACUGGUUCUUGGACAGUCUCUCUGGGAUUCUGUGUGCCUCAUCUGUAAAUCGGAGAUAACAAUUCUUACCUUGUAAGAAUUGUGAGAGGAUUAAAGCUAAUGUGGGUGGAGGAAGCUCAGGUGUGGUGGCUUUUAUCUAGGGCAGUGAUGGCUCAGAGAUGCAGCUGAGACCAUUAGGAAGCACAGAGCUCUUACCCCUCCAGGCUCUGACCGGGAGACCUGAUUUUGCAGAUGAGGAGACUCAGGCACUGGGAUGUUACGAACUGGGCCCCGACCCAGAGCUGGUAAGUGGAGGUUCUGGGAUUCCAGCCCAAGGUAGCGUCAUCCACCGUGCUGCUCUGCCUUCAGCGUGGGGGCUGUGUCUGGUCCCCCAGCUGCUGGGAGCUGAGCUGCAGAGGGUGAGGGCAGGAUUCCAGGUGUCCAGCAGGAGGUUUCUCCACCCAGCCUGUGACUUGACCCUGGGGCCUGAGGUUGGAGCAGGGUGUGGGUAAAGCUCCGGAGGGUGGCUGGGGGGUAGAGGAGCAGGAAAUGGACACUCCAGGGGAAUGUCUUGCAGGAGGCAAGAGAUCCCAUUCAGGUGAGCAUUUCCACUCUGCAAUUACCUGCUCAGCCAGCACCCCAGGUAGCUGGGGCCCUUGACUUCUCCUGAAUGACCCCACGGCUCCCACACCUCCUUGAAAAGAUGGUUGGAACAAAAAGCUUUCACAAGGUCUGGAGAAUGAUGAAGAAAGAAGCCUGGUGGGCCCUUGGGCAAGCUCUGCCCUUCUCGGGCCUUGGCUUCCUCCUUGCUGUAAUGGGGUGGUCAGGAGGGGGCGCACAGAUUUCAGAAACCCUUAGCCCCUUGCCCAAGUGGCCUGUGCAAGUCAAGGAAGGUGUGGAGAAAGCGGCUGUGGCCACAUUGGUCCCCUGGGGACACAAACCUGAUGUUCUAGAACCAGCAGUGUGGACACAAGUUGCCCACACUACCCAUAGACACAGAGACCUCAGCUGGGAAGAUCCUGGCCUCGGAAAUUCCCACAAGCUGACCUCAUCCCUGACCCAUCAGGUUUGUCACCACCCCACCCCCAACUAGGGGUGCUACCCAGCCUCCAGGCUUUCACUGCAAAGGCCAGAACGUCUCAAAGUUCUGCCACAUAUGGCUGUGCUACUGCUCACUUCCUGGCACCAUGCAAUCAGGAGGGUGUAUCUGGGAAAUCUCGAAGGCACCAUUUACCCUGGAGGCCCUCCCUAUCAAGGCCUGAAUGAGGGUGUCUGUCCUAGGCAGGGGAGGAAUAAAUCCCCUGUUGCUCUCUUUCUGCUCACAGACACUGGGACAGGAGGGCCCCCUUCCCCCAAGAAUUAAACCUGAUUCUGAGCAAAAACAAACAAAAAAACCCAUAAUUUCAAAUCUGCUGGGCUUUUGUGCAGCCAGUGACCCCCAGGAUCGCCGCCGUGCUGUGACAACCGUGUGGCCUUGGUGCCAUCUGCUGGCCAAGUGACUUGGGAGCUAGGGAGGGGUGCUGGUUUUGUGAAUGGGCCUCAGAGAUCCCCAACCUUCUUCAUAUUUGCGAACCUGUCUUGUUGGAGCCUUUUCUAGGGAGAAAGUAAGCAAUGCUCCAAGGGUUCCUGGAGGGCCCAGGACCCUCUGGAGGGAGGAGCAGCUGCUUCUUUGCUGCUCCCAUAGAAGCCUCUUUCUGAACCAAGGGAGGGGGGGCCACCCCAGAGUUCCCUCCCCAAGCUCCAGGAGCAUGGAUGUUGGCUGAGAUGGAAGGGAUACAGUGGAAUUCUUCCAGCUCUGGCCUCCAGCUGACCAGGUCUGAGACCAGGUUACCUCUUCAGAGGCAAUAGCUGUUCUCUUCUCCCUGGUCCGCUUCCAGACAGUCGGAAAGUGCAGGUAGACUACUACUCCCAGAAACCCUUUCGCCUCGGGCUGGAGAUUUGCCCUCUACACACGCCCCGUGGAGGAGGCUGAGCAUGCGCAAUGGAAGAUGAGCCUGCGCGAAAGGCUGUGCGGGCGGGGACCGCAUCUCCCAGCAGGCCGUGGGGGCAUUCUUUUAUCCCAGCGUGACCAGUAACUUCCGGCGUGGAGGGGCGGCGCGGUGCCUACAGCUGAGCUAGUACCUGGAAAAGCUAGCGGAGCGGCCGAGUGGCCGGCGGGCGGCAGCCGCCAUGGAGGCUGUGCCCCGCAUGCCUAUGAUUUGGCUGGACCUGAAAGAGGCCGGUGACUUCCACUUUCAGCCGGCCGUGAAGAAGUUUGUCCAGAAGAAUUAUGGAGAGAAUCCAGAAGCCUACAAUGAGGAACUGAAGAAGCUGGAGUUGCUCAGACAGAAUGCUGUUCGUGUUCCACGGGACUUUGAGGGCUGCAGUGUCCUCCGCAAGUACCUGGGCCAGCUCCACUACCUGCAGAGUCGGGUCCCCAUGGGCUCAGGCCAGGAGGCCGCUGUUUCUGUCACCUGGACUGAGAUCUUCUCAGGCAAGUCUGUGGCCCAUGAAGACAUCAAGUAUGAGCAGGCCUGCAUUCUCUACAACCUUGGGGCGCUGCACUCCAUGCUGGGGGCCAUGGACAAGCGCAUGUCUGAGGAGGGCAUGAAGGUCUCCUGCACUCACUUCCAGUGCGCAGCAGGUGCCUUUGCCUACCUGCGUGAGCACUUCCCUCAUGCCUACAGCGUUGACAUGAGCCGGCAGAUCCUCACUCUCAAUGUCAACCUCAUGCUGGGCCAGGCUCAGGAGUGCCUUCUGGAGAAGUCCAUGUUGGACAACAGGAAGAGCUUUCUGGUGGCUCGCAUCAGUGCACAGGUGGUGGAUUACUACAAGGAGGCGUGCCGGGCCUUGGAGAACCCCGAUACCGCCUCACUGCUGGGCCGGAUCCAGAAGGACUGGAAGAAGCUGGUACAGAUGAAGAUCUACUACUUUGCGGCUGUGGCUCAUUUGCACAUGGGGAAGCAGGCUGAGGAGCAGCAGAAGUUCGGAGAGCGGGUUGCGUACUUCCAGAGUGCCCUGGACAAGCUCAAUGAAGCCAUCAAGCAGGCCAAGGGCCAGCCUGACACUGUGCAAGAUGCACUUCGCUUCACUAUGGACGUCAUUGGGGGAAAAUACAAUUCUGCCAAGAAGGACAAUGAUUUCAUCUACCACGAGGCUGUCCCAGCACUGGACACCCUUCAGCCUGUAAAAGGUGCCCCCUUGGUGAAGCCCUUACCAGUGAACCCCACAGACCCAGCUGUUACGGGCCCUGACAUCUUCACCAAACUGGUACCCAUGGCUGCCCAUGAAGCCUCGUCGCUGUACAGUGAGGAGAAGGCCAAGCUGCUUCGGGAGAUGAUGGCCAAGAUUGAGGACAAGAAUGAGGUCCUGGACCAGUUCAUGGAUUCAAUGCAGCUGGAUCCUGAGACAGUGGACAACCUUGAUGCCUACAGCCACAUCCCACCCCAGCUCAUGGAGAAGUGUGCGGCUCUCAGCGUCCGGCCCGACACUGUCAGGAACCUCGUCCAGUCCAUGCAAGUGCUGUCAGGUGUGUUCACGGAUGUGGAGGCCUCCCUGAAGGACAUCAGGGACCUGCUGGAGGAGGAUGAGCUGCUAGAGCAGAAGAUGCAGGAGGCAGUGAGUCAGGCAGGGGCCAGCACGGCUGUCUCCAAGGCCGAGCUGGCAGAGGUGAGGCGAGAAUGGGCCAAGUACAUGGAGGUCCAUGAGAAGGCCUCCUUCACCAACAGCGAGCUGCACCGUGCCAUGAAUCUGCAUGUUGGCAACCUGCGCCUGCUCAGUGGGCCUCUGGACCAGGUCCGGGCUGCCCUGCCCACGCCAGCCCUCACCCCAGAGGACAAGGCAGUGCUGCAGAACCUGAAGCGCAUCCUGGCCAAGGUGCAGGAGAUGCGGGACCAGCGUGUGUCCCUGGAGCAGCAGCUGCGUGAGCUUAUCCAGAAGGAUGACAUCACGGCGUCACUGGUUACCACAGACCACUCAGAGAUAAAGAAGCUGUUUGAGGAGCAGCUGAAGAAGUAUGAUCAGCUGAGGGUGUACCUGGAGCAGAACCUGGCCGCCCAGGACAACAUUCUCCGGGCACUGACAGAGGCCAACGUGCAGUACGCAUCUGUGCGGCGGGUGCUCAGUGAACUGGACCAAAAGUGGAACUCCACGCUGCAGACCCUGGUGGCCUCCUAUGAAGCCUAUGAGGACCUGAUGAAGAAGUCCCAGGAGGGCAAGGACUUCUAUGCAGACCUGGAGAGCAAGGUGGCUGCUCUCCUCGAACGGGCACAGUCCACCUGCCAGGCCCGCGAGGCAGCCCGGCAGCAGCUCCUGGACAGGGAGCUGAAGAAGAAGCCGCCACCACGGCCCACGGCCCCAAAGCCGCUGCUGCCCCGCAGGGAGGAGGGCGAGCCAGUGGAGGCCGGGGACCUGCCUGAGGAGCUGCGCAGCCUGCCCCCCGACACCUUCCUGGGGGCCGCUGUCCCACUCCACUUCCCGCCCGGCCCCUUCCCCAGCUCUGCAGGCCCAGGACCCCACUAUCUCUCAGGCGCCUUACCGCCGGGUACCUACUCGGGCCCCGCCCAGAUGUUGCAGCCCAGGGGCCCCCAGGCCCUAGGGCACCCUGUGGUGGCCAUGGCACCUGGACCUGCUCUCUACACAGCUGGGGCCUACACACCAGAGCUGGGCCUCGUGCCGCGAUCCUCGCCACAGCAUGGCAUGGUGAGCAGUCCCUAUGGUGGGGUGGGGCCCGGGCCCACCCCACCAGCUGCAGGCCUGCCCUCAGCCCCACCUCCCCAGUUCUCGGGCCCUGAGUUGGCCGUGGGGAUUCGGCCAGCCACCACCACAGUAGAUAGCGUCCAGGCCCCCAUCUCCAGCCACACGGCACCACGGCCAAACCCUGCCCCUGCUCCUCCCCGGCCCCGCUUUCCGGGGCCGCCCCCCCAGCCACUGCCCGUGCCCUACACCUACCCGAUGGGGGCCAAGCCACCCCUCGCAGCUCCCCCAGCCCAGCACCACUUUUCUCCUGGGAUGCCCACAGGUUUUUCAGCCCCGAGGACUGGGCCCCAGCCUCAUCCCACACGAGCAGUGUUUGGGCCCCAGCCUCCCCAGCAGCCCCUUCCACUCCAGCAUCCGCACCUCUUCCCACCCCAGCCUUCAGGACUGGUACCCCCACAGACCCCCUAUCCCUUUGCUCCUCAGCCUGGUGUCCUGGGGCAGCCACCGCCCACCCUGCAUACCCAGCUCUACCCAGGCCCCUCUCAGGACCCUCUGCCCCCCCACUCAGGGGUGCUGCCUUUCCCCAGUCCUGGGCCCCCUCAGCCUCCCCAUCCCACCCUGGCAUAUGGUCCUGCCCCUUCCCCCAGACCCCUGGGCCCCCAGGCCCCCGCACUCUCCAUUCGAGGCCCUCCGCCUGCCAGCCAGCCCGCCCCCACUCCCCACCUGGUGCCUUCGCCUGCCCCAUCACCGGGGCCCGGCCCCGUCCCUCCUCGGCCCCCUGCAGCAGAGCCAGCCGUGUGUCUGCGCCGAGGCGCUGCGAGUGCAGAUCUGCUCUCCUCCAGCCCUGAGAGUCAGCAUGGAGGCGCUCAGCCUCCUGGGGGUGGGCAGCCCCUGCUGCAGCCUACUAAGGUGGAUGCGGCUGAGGGCCGGCGGCCACAGGCCCUGCGGCUGAUCGAGCAGGACCCCUAUGAGCACCCGGAGAGGCUGCAGCAGUUGCAGCAGGAGCUGGAGGCCUUUCGGGGCCAGCUGGGCGAUGCAGGGGCUCUGGACGCUAUCUGGCGGGAGCUACAAGACGCACAGGAGCACGAUGCCCGUGGCCGUUCCAUCGCCAUCGCCCGCUGCUACUCACUGAAGAACCGGCACCAGGAUGUUAUGCCCUACGACAGCAACCGUGUGGUGCUGCGCUCAGGCAAGGACGACUACAUCAACGCCAGCCGCGUGGAGGGGCUCUCACCGUACUGCCCACCUUUGGUGGCCACCCAGGCCCCCCUGCCUGGCACAGCUGCCGACUUCUGGCUCAUGGUGCAUGAGCAGAAAGUGUCAGUCAUUGUCAUGCUCGUGUCCGAGGCCGAGAUGGAAAAGCAAAAGGUGGCUCGCUACUUCCCUACCGAGAGGGGCCAGCCCAUGGUGCACGGUGCCCUGAGCUUGGCCCUGAGCAGUGUUCGCACCACCGAGACCCAUGUGGAGCGGGUGCUGAGCCUGCAGUUCCGGGACCAGAGCCUCAAGCGCUCGCUCGUGCACCUCCACUUCCCCACAUGGCCAGAGUUAGGCCUGCCGGACAGCCCCAGCAAUCUGCUGCACUUCAUCCAGGAGGUGCACGCUCAUUACCUGCAUCAGCGCCCCCUGCACACGCCGGUCGUCGUCCACUGCAGCUCCGGGGUAGGCCGCACAGGAGCCUUCGCGCUGCUCUACGCGGCUGUGCAGGAGGUGGAGGCUGGAAGUGGGAUCCCUGAGCUGCCUCAGCUGGUGCGGCGCAUGCGGCAGCAGAGGAAACACAUGCUGCAGGAGAAGCUGCAUCUCAGGUUCUGCCAUGAGGCGGUGGUGAAACACGUGGAGCAGGUCCUGCAGCGCCACGGCAUGCCCCUUCCGUGCAAGCCCUCGGCUGGCACCAGUGUCACACAGAAGAAUCACCUUCCUCAGGACUCCCAGGACCUGGUUCUCGGUGGGGAUGUGCCCAUCAGUUCCAUCCAGGCCACUAUCGCCAAGCUCAGCAUCCGGCCUCCCGGGGGCUUGGAUUUCCCGGCUGCCGGCCUGCCAGGCCCUGUAGAGCCCCCAGGCCUGCCGCCACCCAGCCUCCCAGAGUCCACCCAGCUCCCAUCCUCCUCCCCACCCCCUCUCUCUUCACCCCUGCCUGAGGCCCCUCCGCCUGAGGAGGAGCAGCCGGUACCUGAGGUCCCCAGCCUGGGGCCCCCCUCCUCCUCCCUGGAGCUGCUGGCCUCCCUAACUCCUGAGGCCUUCUCUCUGGACAGCUCCUUGAGGGGAAAGCAGCGGAUGAGCAAGCAGAACUUUCUGCAGGCCCAUAACGGGCAGGGUCUGCGGGCUGCCCGGCCCACUGAUGACCCCCUCAGCCUUCUGGAUCCACUCUGGACACUCAACAAGACCUGAACAGGGUUUGCCUGCCUUGCACUACGUUGUCUCCCAUGCCAGUCUGCCCCUCUUGAGGUGGGGCCUAGUCUUACUCCCAUUCCUGCUGCCUUCAGCCCUGCCUGGCCCAGCCCACAGCUCUACAGGGUAGAGAUGCAUCACGGGUCUUGGGUCAGGUUCUGCUCCUUUGUGGGACCUGACAUUUUCAGCUCUUUGCUGUUGAAUAAACAAACCUGUUCUGUG